GGAGGACGCGUGGCCGAAGGUAGCCGGGCAGCGCCGCCGCCUGUCGCCUGCAAGGGCGGGCGCAGCCGCCGCCGCGGCCGUGUGGCUGUAGGCGUUCCCCGGGGAGACCGGGAAGGGGCACGGCUGCUCCCCGCCAGUACGGCCCCCCCGGCGCCGGUCCCGCCCGGCUCUCCGUGCCUUUGGCGUGUGCCUGCCCGUGCCGCGGGGCCAUGGAGCGCGCGUUCACGCCGCUGGAAUGCCUCCUGCCCGCCGGGAACCUGAAGUUUUGCCUUCUGAUUCUGAACCAGCCUUUGAACAAAGAUCAUUUCCAUUGUCUGUGGAACAGAGCUGCCCUGAGAGCUUGUGCUGAUGGAGGUGCCAAUCAUCUCUACGACAUCACAGAAGGGAGCCAGGAAAGCUUCUUGCCUGAUUACAUCAGUGGUGAUUUUGAUUCCAUUCAGCCUGAAGUCAAGGAGUACUACAAGGUCAAGGGAUGUGAGUUAAUUGAGACCAUGGAUCAGGACCUCACAGAUUUCACCAAGUGCCUUCAAAUACUCCAGAAAAAGAUAGAGAAGAAGGGCCUCCAGGUCGAUGUGAUUGUGGCUCUGGGUGGACUUGGAGGACGCUUUGACCAAACAAUGGCAUCGGUGGAAACGCUUUUUCAUGCAACGAAUAUCACUCCUUCUCCAGUGAUAGUUAUCCAGGAGUGCUCGCUGAUUUACCUGCUUCAACCUGGCAAGCACAAGUUGCACGUGGACACAGGCCUGGAGGGCCCCUGGUGCGGCCUCAUCCCCAUCGGGAGCUCCUGCGAGAGUGUGACCACCACGGGCCUCAGGUGGAACCUCACUAACCAGGUGCUGAAGUUUGGAACACUCGUCAGUACUUCCAACACCUAUGACAACUCCGGGAUUGUGACCAUCGAGACGGACAAACCUCUGCUGUGGACAAUGGCUAUCAAGAGCUAAGAUGAGCUACAGCUGCCUUAUCUGAUCUGACACAACUCAAAUUACUACAAAAUUUUGCUGAAUUAAGACAGUAAAGCUGCUGCAUGAUGUAAGCAGGCACUGAUUUUCUGUAUUGAAUGAAAAACAAGUCUGAAAUAAAAGU